AUGACUUCAACCAACUUAGAAGGUACUUUCCCAUUAAUCGCCAGGGGUAAAGUUAGAGAUAUUUACCAAGUGGACGACAACACUCUUUUGUUUGUUGCUACUGAUAGAAUUUCUGCCUACGAUGUUAUUAUGGCCAACGGUAUCCCCAACAAGGGGAAAAUCUUGACCAAAUUAUCUGAAUUUUGGUUUGACUUUUUACCUAUAGAAAAUCAUUUAAUUAAGGGGGAUAUUUUUGAAAAGUACCCACAAUUGGAAAAGUAUCGUGACCAAUUAGAAGGAAGAUCAUUACUUGUUAGGAAAUUAAAAUUGAUUCCACUUGAAGUUAUUGUUAGAGGAUACAUUACCGGUUCUGGUUGGAAAGAAUAUACCAAGAGCAAAACCGUUCAUGGUAUUCCAAUUGGUGAUGUGGUAGAAUCACAACAAAUUACACCAAUCUUCACUCCCUCAACCAAAGCUGAACAAGGAGAACACGAUGAAAAUAUUACCAAAGAACAAGCUGACGCCAUUGUUGGUAAAGAAUUAUGUGAUAGAAUUGAGAAAAUUGCUAUUGAUCUUUAUACCAAGGCAAGAGACUAUGCUGCUACUAAAGGUAUUAUUAUUGCCGACACAAAAUUUGAAUUUGGUUUGGAUGGUGACAAAAUUGUUCUUGUUGAUGAAGUGUUGACCCCAGACUCUUCUAGAUUUUGGAAUGCUGCAAAGUACAAGCUUGGACAAUCGCAAGAAUCCUACGAUAAACAAUUCUUAAGAGAUUGGUUAACCACCAAUGGUGUUGCUGGCAAAGAUGGUGUUGCAAUGCCAGAAGACAUUGCUGCUCAAACUAAACAAAAAUACGUUGAAGCUUAUGAAAGCUUAACUGGUGAAAAAUGGCAAGAUUAG